UUUUUUUUUAACAACACCAUAUCAUCAGCUGUAAAGCAGAGUUAUAGGAAGUUACAGGAAGCUGUGGAAGUGAAUCUUGGAACUGCUAUGACCUAUACAUUGUUUGAAUAUGCCAAAGACAAUAAAGAGCAGUUCAUGGAGAAUCAUUGUCCCACUGAUUCUACAAUGUCUAAAAGCAAUAUCAUCUCUGUUGAAACUCCUAAUACAGCUCCAUCAAAUAAGAAAAAUGACAAAAAAGGACAACUUUCUAAAGCCCAGAAACGUAAACUGGCAGACAAAACAGAUCAUAAAGGGGAACUCCCUCGAGGCUGGAAUUGGGUUGAUGUCUUGAAGCUUUUAAGCAAAACUGGCUCUAAAGAUGAUGAAUAACACUUGGAAUUUGAGUCAAGGAAAGAGCAUCCUUUAAAAAGUAAACUGGGUUCAACAUCUUUCAUUAACUAUUUUCUGGUAUUGAGGUGACUUUUUAUAAAAUGUAGGUUUUUCGGUAUGUUUCUUACAUUAAAAAAUGUUGUCAGUGGAAAGUUCAUGAAAAGAUCUGGGUGUAUUACAUUAUUUUCACAAACUUGCCUUAA